AUGAAUGGUCGAGGGACUGACAGCUCCGCCGACGUAGAGGUGCUCGCCGAAGAGGGAGAAAAUGACACGGUUCUAGAUGUGUAUCGCAGUACACCAACUGCUUUGGUUCCUGGAUCGGAUACUUUGAUAUCUAGAAUUCUCUCACUACCAAAUGCCGACACAUUGUUGAGUUCUUUAGGCGCGGUGCUGUCCUCCUCGCGUCCGGAUAAUGCCAUUCAAGAGGAGCUGUUAGAUCUCAUUGGUUUUGAUCACCUUGAUCUCAUCACAGAUGUUUUGCAAGAGCGAUCUGCUGUGGCUCGAGAGGUAGAAGUCAAACUCAUACGCAUCCAGACGUCAGCCUUUCCCCAGAGGCUGCGAAAAGACGAAUGGAAAAUGAUUUCAGAGCUAGACAAUCGCGCCCUCUUUUCAAAGCAGAAGCUGCACCAACCAGCACCAGAGAUUCUGCCCCAUGUCUACAGUUCUUCAGCGAUGGUUCAGGGAAAUAUUCUAUCACAUCUUGGCAGCAAAUACACUUUGCCUAUGGGGACAACGCGAACCGAAAAUGAGAAUUACGCUGAGGUUGUGAUACCACCGGCGAAGGCCAUCCCUCGUGCUGAAACAGAGCGGCUAGUAUUUGUAACUGAACUUGAUGCCUUGGCCCAAGGAUCUUUUCCCGUAUGGUUUCUGCGGACGUCUAAUGUCAGAAAUUAUGUACUGAUGGAUGCCCAGGGUUAUAAAUCUUUGAAUAGGAUACAGUCGAUUGUCUAUCCAACAGCAUAUGGCUCCAACGAAAAUAUGCUGGUUUGUGCUCCCACUGGUGCUGGCAAAACUGAUGUUGCGAUGUUGACAAUCCUGCGUGUUCUCAAUCAACAUCGGGACUUGUCAUCCGCCGCUCCUCUAGCAUCAACGAUCCGCAGAGAUGAUUUAAAAAUCAUCUACGUACGUAGGGCUCCCAUGAAAGCAUUGGCGGCCGAAAUUGUCAGAAAGUUCAGGAAAAGACUGCAGUGGCUGUCAAUCCGGGUUCAAGAAUUGACGGGAGACAUGCAAAUGACCAAGGCCGAAAUUGCGGAAACUCAGAUCAUCGUCACGACCCCGGAAAAGUGGGAUGUUGUGACCAGAAAGCCGACUGGUGAAGGAGAAAUUGCCUCAAACGAGGAGCAGUCAUUGAAACUAUUGUUGCCCGGACAUUACGACAGCGUUUCACGACAAAAAGGGCUUUUCUAUUUCGAUUCGUCCUUCAGGCCGGUUCCUUUGGAGCAGCACUUCAUAGGCAUCAGAGGGAAACCCAACAGUCCAGAAUCGAAGAAAAACCUUGAUCGCGUGACCUAUCAGAAGGUGAUAGAACUUGUUCAGCAAGGUCAUCAAGUCAUGGUGUUUGUACAUGCUCGUAAAGAGACAGUGAAGGCGGCUCAGGCUCUUCGGGAAGCAGCUCUAGCUGAAGGGACGUUGGAUGAGUUUAGCUGUCAAGACCAUCCAAGUUUUUCUUUAUUUCGACGAGACAUUGGAGGCUCUAGGAACAAAGAAAUGAAACAAUUGUUUGAUGAUGGUUUCGGGAUCCAUCAUGCAGGCAUGUUGCGAUCCGACAGGAAUAUGAUGGAGAGGAUGUUUGAGGCAAGAUCUAUUAAGGUCCUGUGUUGUACGGCGACUCUUGCUUGGGGUGUCAAUUUGCCUGCCCAUGCUGUUAUCAUCAAGGGGACGCAGGUCUACGAUAGUUCCAAAGGCAAAUUUGUCGACCUAUCGGUGUUAGAUGUCCUUCAAGUAUUCGGGAGGGCUGGCCGACCUGGGCUGGAGACUAGUGGCGAAGGGUAUAUCUGUACGACGGAAGAUAAACUCACUCACUACCUGGAUGCGAUCACGGCACAGGUCCCAAUCGAAUCACAGUUCCUAUCCGGUGUGAUCGAUUCUCUCAACGCAGAGAUUGCUCUUGGAACUGUUGCCAAUGUCGAUGACGCGGUCAAAUGGUUGGGAUAUACCUAUCUCUUUGUUAGGAUGCGCAAGAAUCCGACCUUCUACGGCAUCUCUUACGACGACCUCAAGAAAGACCCUCAUCUGGGCGGUAGAAGAGAAUUUCACGCCGUCACGUCCGCGAAACUACUCUCGGCAGCGAGGAUGGUCACCUAUGACGAGAAUAACGGUGCUUUCUUCAUCACCGAUCUAGGCAGAAUCGCGGCAAAAUAUUACAUUCGGCAUGCAUCGAUCGAGGUUUUCAACAAAGAACUUCGACCAAAGAUGACCGAAGGUGACGUUUUAGCCACACUCAGUAUGAGCACAGAAACACUCUUUACGACACGCACUAACGACAUGAAGUUCAAUCAAAUUCAAGUGAGAGAAUCUGAAGUUCAAGAACUCAAAAAUCUGCUAGAGACCGUGCCUUGUGACGUCAAGGAUAAAACCGACACAAGUCAAGGCAAAGUUAACAUCUUGUUACAAGGUUAUAUCUCCCGCUUCUAUGUGGAAGACUUUGGGUUGGUCUCGGAUACUGGCUACGUCGCUCAAAAUGCUGGUCGCAUUAUCCGAGCCCUACUUGAAAUCGCUAUCAGUCGCAAAUGGGCAAACAUAAGUGCAGUGUUGAUGGGCAUGAGCAAAGCUGUAGAGAAACGGAUGUGGCCGUUUGACCAGCCCUUAAAACAAUUCGAGCUCAAGCAAGAUAUCUUUUAUGGACUAGAGCGCUGGGCAGAUGACUAUUCGGUUGCAGAGCUGGCCUCCAUGACUGCGGCCGAGCUCGGGGAAUUGGUACAUCUGAAUGAUCGACACGGCAAAGCAAUCCUUGAUGCUGCCAAGCAGUUCCCGACACUCGAGGUCACGUACGAUUUGCGACCACUUGGACCCGACGUUCUGAAAAUCGUUGUUCACAUCAUUCGUCAUUUCAACUGGAGUUCCAAGCUCCAUGGUUCUGGCGAGCCCUUUUGGCUAUGGGUUGAAGAUCACGAAGGUACGACGAUCCUGCAACUAUCGCAUCUGCUCCUCCGGCAGUCGACAUCGACCUUGGACGUAUCAUUUGUGAUCGCUGUGCCCAAUGGACAACCACCGCCCUUCGUCACCAUACGUUUCGUUUCCGAUAGAUGGAUGGGAGCCGAAGACGAGAUUUCUGUAUCACUGGAUUCACUUGUGAUGCCACUUCAUUCGAAUAGCCACACACCACGACUGGACCUCCCGUUCCUCAACCUUUCUGUGCUACAGAACGAUACUCUCGAGCAACUGUUGUCUCAACGGCUACAUAGCUUCAAUGCCAUCCAGUCUCAAACGUUCUGGAGUCUAGUCAAUACAAGGACGCAUGCACUAUUAUGCUCGCCUACGGGAUCAGGGAAGUCGACCCUGGGCCAGAUCGUUGUUUGGAAGACCCUUAUCGACUUGCCAAAAAGGUCCCAUGUCCUGGUGAUUGCACCGCGGCGCAGCGUGGCCUUAGAGUGGGUAGUAGAAAUGCAUGCUAUCACGACAGCAAUGGGUUUCUCUAUCGACUUUGAAACUGGUACGAACGUCCUUAAAUUCGACGAAGGCAAGACAAUACGUGUUACGACGCCGUCGCAUCUUAUCGCAGCCCUAUCGCAGCUACCAACCCCACCAUCGCUCCCUGGCCUUCGCCUUGUUAUCUGCGACAGCUUAGAACAACUAGAUCCUUCAUACGAGCUCAGCGUUUCCUUGCUGCGUCAUGCCACACAGACGCAAGCCACGCGCUUCGUUGGUUUCUCGAACUCGCUGAACGACCCAGCCGACCUCGCUGCUUGGCUCAACGUUGACUCGUCGGCGCUCUACAGCUUCCGCCCCGGCGAUCGGGACCAAUCACUGAGCGUCACUGCUCAUACAUUCGCGAUCCCACAGUCUGCCGCCCUCUUCAAAGCGAUGACGAAGCCCGCCCACGCAGCCAUUCGGGCUGUCCCCGACAGUUCUGCCAUCGUCUUCGUCCCUUCUCGAGGUCAAUGCCGCAUGAUUGCCUUGGAUCUUAUCACCCACUGCGCCCUCGAGAUGGAAGCUGCGACCGGCUACCUUCCGCACCACGUCGAUCCUGAAUCGCUCGAACCAUACACCGACAGGCUGCAGGACCGCGGCCUGGUCGACUUCGUCACCAAGGGCGUGGGCUUCUUCCACGAGGGCAUCAACAAGUCCGACCGCCGGGUGAUGCUCGAGCUGUACGCCGAGGGCAUCGUCCGCGUGCUUCUCGUGCCGCACAACUCGUGCUGGACGCUGCCCGUCCGCGCCGCGGCGGUCAUAGUCAUGGGCACGCAGUACGUGCACGUGGAGGGCGAGGGCGCAGAUCUUCGGCGCCAGGUCCGCGAUUACGACCUGGGGGAGCUCGUGCGCAUGCAGGGGCGGGCGGUGCAUCACGGCGAAUUGGGGCGCUUCCAUCUCUUCUGCCAGGCGGAAGAUAAGGACACCUAUAUGCGCUUCCUCGAGGACGGGCUGCCGCUCGAGUCGCAGCUGCUGGACGGAGACGAGCUGCGGAGGUGGUACCACGGCCGGCGCCAGAACGGUUCCAUCAGGGGCAAGAUGGACGGCGUGCAGGCGCUCGCGUUCACAUUUCUCGCGAGGCGGCUGGUGACCAACCCUGCGUACUACGACGCUGACACGAGGGAUCAGACGUUGUCGAGGAUCGUAGACAAGCUCGAAGAAUGA